AUGUCCACCGAACAGCUGCCCCCAGAGCGCGGAUUCAUAGAGCUAGACCAGCAAAACAAUCAGGAAGCGCAAUGGCAUCCCAAAGCUUUUGCUAAUCCAGGCGACGACAAAAAACUGAUCCGUCUGCUCAAAGUUGUUCCACUCCAGUCCACGAAUGACUUCGAAGUAAUCAAAUGCUACUACAUGGACCCACGUCCUUUUGCAACGGGAUGGUUUUGGAACCGGACUACCAAGUAUACUGCGCUCUCAUAUCGCUGGGGCCCUGCGACUAGCCCUAAAGAUGUGGCUUGGAUAGAAGUGAAUGGAGAGAAUGUUUGUGUUCGGCGCAAUCUUUGGGAUUUCCUGGAUGCAAUGCGGAAGAUCAAGUUCCAAGGACCGUUUUGGAUUGAUGCUCUAUGUAUCAACCAAUCGAACAUAGAAGAAAAGGAGAGACAGCUCCGACUGAUGCCGACGAUUUAUCAAAAAGCUGACACUGUGAUCGUCUGGCUGGGUAUACCCGGUGACAUACUGCUCCGAGAUACAAAGCGAAUCCACGACCAUUGUACUCGCAAAGCACAUGUUCACGACAAGCUAGUUCUCAACAACAUGAUCCCCGCUCUCAACUUCAUGGUCGAGAACGAGUAUUGGACCCGGCUUUGGAUUGUCCAGGAGAUCUUCCUGGCCAAAAAGAUCCUCGUUUGUGCUGGACAAUACUACUGGAAUUCAAGUUCACUCCAACGUUUACAAAGAGAGUUUCGCCCGGGUAAUGGCUACCAUACGACUGACUGGACAAAUUGGAACAACAUCCUCCGCGCGAAGCAGGACUGGAAGAAUAAGAAGCUCGAGUUGCAUGAGGCGUUGCAUCGCUGGAGCCAUCAGGAAUGCCGGGACACACAUGACAGGGUUUACGGACUGCUUGGGCUGGUUCACGAGCCUAAGGUCAAUAUCGACCUUGAUAUAAGCACUCUCGGGCUCUUUGAGAAAGUCAUCAACUCAGACAAAAGCAAGAUAUUCGCGCGUGGCUACGAAUAUGCGGAGGAAGUUACUACAAAACAUUUCUCGCGACCGUUCGGGUACACGAUCACCAAGCCGGGCGCAUUCGAGAUCACCACGUCCUGGAUCUCGGUCACCAGCGCAAUGGUCGGCGAAGCUACACUCCAGACAGCCGGUCGCGGUCGCGAGGACGGAGCUAUACGCGCAGCCCUACACCGAGAGAUGGAUCACCCGCGCCUAGAAAUUGUCGUCGAGGCCCUCACCCGCAACGUCAAAGAAGAGCACAUCCGCGAAAUCUUCGGCAAGUACGGUGUCAUUAAGGACCUGCGCAUGCCCAUGAACCCCGUUUUCAACGUCAAUCGCGGCACCGCUUAUAUCAUGUACGAAGAAAUCGAGGACGCCGAGCGCGCGAUUGCGAAAAUGCACGAUGCGCAGCUGGACGGUCUCGAUUGUUCUGCCGCGACGACGGUUCUCGGUCACACCGCCGCCUGCGAGGAGGGGACCCCCGCCGAGGGAGAGGUUCAAUGA